AGUUGAAAUCCAAGUGCGCAAGUUUCUCCAGAAAAAUCUCGCCACGUCAUGCAGACAGCACCGGAAAAAAAAAUAUCAGGGGAGGAAAUCCAGAGUUUUUCCCAUCUUGAGUUUCACUCUAUCGCAAAUAGUGGGCUGAAAUACAGAGAGGUUUCCCAUUUUCGUAUUGAGAAUAUGCAUAAGAGCGGUUUGUUGGUGUUGGUGCUGCUGGGGUUGACUGGAUUUCAUCAUGGGGCUGAAGCUGAACAGGAGGACCAGCAUGUGGUGGAACUGGUUCGAAGCAUGAUCAAUGAGGCCACGGAUCCCUUGAACACGUCGGCGGUUGUGACUCUGGACCAAAAACAGAUGCCUUGUUUGUACAAGAGCCGCGUUGUCUCGGAUCCUGAUACAAACAAGGAUGAAGAUCCUGGCAAACAACUGGUAUCACAUGCCAGAUCUCUCCUCAUUGGAACCAUGAGAGGUAUUAUCGUGGCCCUGCACCCAGACAGUGCUCUUCCAGACUGCGAACACUUGAUGACCUCGGAUAAAGUAAAAGGUGAUGAGUCUGCCAAACCAGUCCCAAAUGUUGUGGUGAUUGAAAAUCAAACUGAGUCUCUCCAAGUGAUGGAUGACAAUCCUGACGUCAUGUACUUGAGCGCCAAUGACUCUCUAUCGAAAGCUUGGGCCUUUAUGCAGGAAUAG